CCCCCCCUGUAUUUGAGAAGUUUUUAUAUGUCCUCUCUCUCUCUCUCCCGAUCCGUCUUCCUCCCUACACAAGAAACAGAGCAUAGAGCUCUUUCUCUCACAGUCUGACGUCUCACUCUCACUCUUUCGUCUUUCUCUCUCUGCAAAACAAAGGAGACUAAAGAUCAGUAGAAUUUCAACAGGAGAAAUUUGUUUGAAUGCAGAGCAGCUCAAGAAGCCUGUACAUGGACCCCCCAACAAUGGCUGUGGUUCAGGUAUCAAGCUGUUCGUCAUCCUGCAACUGGUCCACUAAACGACAAAGCAAGACUUAAAUUUAUUACGGACCUACUACGAAAUACCGAAAAGGUUGUCGACACGCUACGCUCCUAGCACUUAGCUAAAUCGGAGGAUAAAAACGUGUUUGACACAAACACGUAUCUUUCUCUCUCUCUCCUCCUCCUCCUCCUCCUUUCCACCAUGUCUGUUUCAUCCUCGCACUCUGCGGCCUCAAGAAUUCUGAAAAUAAGCAUAGUAGGCUUCGGGCCCUUCGCACAAUUCCUGUCAAAGACCAUGAUCAGACAAGGCCAUAUUCUACGGGCGGUUUCUCGGACAGAUUACUCUAAUCUCUCUGCCGAAAUGGGUAUAACAUUCUUCAGGGACGUAGAUGCGUUUCUUGAAGCCGAAGACGAUGUCAUUCUGAUAUGCACAUCAAUCCUAUCUCUGUCAGAGGUUCUCCAGUCACUGCCACUCCAUCGUCUGAAACGGCCAACACUUUUCGUCGAUGUACUCUCAGUCAAAGAGCACCCAAGAAACGUUUUGUUGCAAGUACUGCCAGAGGAAUCCGACGUGCUUUGCACUCACCCUAUGUUUGGAUCAGAUAGCGGCAAAGAUGGGUGGAAAGAUCUAAACUUUAUGUAUGAGAAAGUUCGAAUAAGAGAUGAAGAUAUUUGCUCAAGCUUCCUCCAAAUUUUUGAAAGCGAGGGAUGCAAAAUGCUGGAAAUGUCUUGCGAAGAGCAUGAUAAGAUGGCAGCUAGGAGCCAGUUUAUAACUCACGUGAUUGGCAGGACACUAUCAGAAAUGGAGAUCCAGUCCACAUCUAUAGACACAAAGGGAUUUGAGACACUUGUUCAUUUGAAAGAGAACACCGUGAGACUUAGUUUUGAUCUGUUUAACGGGUUAUUUCUACGUAAUAGGUUUGCCCAACAAGAGCUCGAAAACAUUGAACUUGCCUUCAAUAAAGUCAAACAGAAGCUGGUAGAGAAGAUGAACGAGGAGCAGAAUUUGAACGAUGCUAAACACCGAUGAAGAUUACUCUCAUUAACAAAGAUGUAAUAAUGACCUUUUACUCAUUUCUGUAAGCUUUGAGAAUUGCAUUUCUCCCCAUGAAUAUUGUGUGAUCAUUGUAUUGUAUUGAUAUAUAUAACAACUAUACAAGUAUACAACUACCAUCAUUAUGAGUGGUUACAACUA